AUGGCGUCUUCGGUGCCUUCGGAGGUGUGGCGUGGGCGUGUGGUGGCGUGCCUGCAGCUGCCUGAUGUGGCCUCUCUCCGCAACACCUCCCGCACCAUCGGCACGUCCAUCAUCACGGCCGCUCUGCUGGUGGAGCGCAUCGACGGCUCCCUCGCCCGCCACUCCCUCACCGCCCUCAUCGACAUCGACCGCACCGCCCCUCUCCCAUUCACCUAUGUGCUGCGGGUGGCCUAUGUGCUGGAGCAGGGCACCGAGGAGUGGCGUCUGAUGGGGUGGUUCAUCCGGCUGGCUGCCAUCUAUCGGCUCACUCCUGCCAAUGGGCUGCCCCUGGUGCUGUCGGCUCAGUGGCUGAUGGCCCACCUUCCCAGCAGGACGGCCUUUCACCAGCUGCCCGACGCCAUGGCCAUCUAUCGACUACACGGCCACAUGCUGACAUACCAAGGGACCAGCCUGGCGCUGCAGCCAGAUGACAACGGGGCCUAUUGGAUUGGCAAUGAGUCGUUUCGUAUGGUGCCUUUUGGUGAUCUGCCGGGCGGCCAUCGCUAUGCUGACGGCUACAAGCGCACCGACCCCGCCAUCCGCUGGGUCGACGACUGGCUCUUCCCCUCUUCCUCGGCAUAUCUGCUGGACAUGGUGCUAAGGCGGUGGCGCUGCGAGGAGGGGGUGAAUGAGAUGAUAGUGCUAUAUGCAGAUAUCGGCCGUGGUGACCCUCGUUAUGGCCGUCUGCUGACAUCGGCCAUCACAGAGGAUCUCGGCAUCGCUGUGGACUAUCGCAGGGAUGGAGGCAAUCUGAAUGCUGCUGACCAGACUGACUAUCGUCGUGUGAUAGUGAGCGGCUUCCGACGCAACGAGACCGUCGCCGCCUACCUGUGGGUGGCGGAUGGCAGCAUUUAUCUCUACACGACCGAGCCAUCUGCUGCUGAUGCGCCGGCACCAAUCGCUCAGCUCUCUCCUGAGUCGAUUUGUGCCGCGUCCGCCGCGGGCAUUCGGUCUCCAGCGUGACGUUAUCGAGAGGGGGAGGUUGGGGUGAGUGGUGAGUGGUGUUGGCGGCUGCUGUCUGAGGGGCGGCUGGGUUGUUAACCUAGAGGGUGGGGAGGGUCUGUCUGUGUGAGCAGUGGUGGAAGGGGAGGGUGACUGAGGUGCAUUUGAAUGGACGACGUGUGUGUGCCAUGGGUGGGUGGAUGUUGUACUCGUUUUUGAAAGACUCACCGACUGCAUGGCCUCACUCACAUGAAUGAG